AUGGAUCCCGGGGAGCCAGCCCCCAAGCCUUUCCAGCAGCCUGAGAAGCCUGGUCGUGUCCGCCGUCGGAAGACCAGGCGGGAGCGUAAUGAGGCCCUGGCGGGCAGUCGGCAGCCAUUGGCCUAUCAGCACCCUCCUGUGGCCAGUUGGGAUCCACAUAUGGUAUUGCGGAAUUCUGUGGCCCCUACUGCUGCCAAGCUCGUGGUCAUAACCCAGGGCCGCCUGAGCCGGGACCACCGGGGUCUCUUCAGCCAUGAGGUGAAAUCUCUGGACGUGGCCCGGCUGCUUAGCAGUGAGUCUCUGGAGUCGGGCACCCCUGCACUCACCACCAAGUCCUCCCCAAGCCCAGGCAGGGGCCAACAACCAUCCCUACAGUCAAGGGGCAAGGAAAACCAGGUGCCUGGAGGCUCGGGCCCAGGCCCCCCCAGUCCCCCACAGCUCCCUGACUUGGAGCAGCUGCUGGGGGAGCUGCAAUGCCAGCUGAUUCUGCCACAAGCCUUCCCUAGGAGAAACCUAGUUCAAGAGGCCAGGGAUGCUAUCGUGGGCACCUUACAGGCCUGCCACGGCUGUGUGCCUGACCUUACCCUGGUGCUCCGGGGCUGCCAGCCACACUUGCCAGGGACCGAGCCUGGGACCCCUAAGAGGCAAAGGAUGACAUCUUCCUGGAUCAACAGUCCUGAGCAGGCCCCAGGGGAGGGGAGGCAGAGGAGGCGGCAGGGGGCAAAGGAGCUCACCUUUGCUGUGCCUCCCACCUCCAGCACUCCUAGUGUGCACCAAGUGAGCCUGGCACCACGGAAAGGUCCCUGGCCACCCCCAUUAUCCUCGUUGCCUUCACCAUCUGGGGCGGCCUGGGGCCCCCCAACAGCCUUUGAUCUACUGAAAAGCAUCUGGCUGGUAGCCACACCGCCCCCUCCCCGGCCUUGGGGGGUUGGCCCACCACAACUCUUGCCCCAGCCACCAUCACCCUUGUUGCCCCAGAGCUCUGCCUUGGACUGGAGCCCCAGCCCCCCAGCACCACUGCCCAGCCUCUCCUGGAUGGUGGCUCAGAGCAGCCCAGAGGCCUGGUCCUUUCCACCCAUGAGACUGUACUGA